GGAACUGCGUUGUUUUCGGGUUCGAAACACAUGUAUAAAACCCCAACUCCUUUUCUAACAUAGUUCCCUGCUUGUCUGAAACUUAUUGAAUCUCUCUGCACAAACAAAAGCACGAACGAUUGAAGAGUAAAGAGUGGAUUAAAUUAUACAUACAGUUCGAAUUGGAUAUCAUGCAUAUACGAUUCAAGUUUAGGAGCGCGGUGAGCUUUGACGAGGUGGAUAUCGGAGACCGGCCGGCGAUAUCGGUUAUGGAACUUAAGUCGAAGAUUAUUGCUCGCAAAAACCUUAAUUCGUGUCAUGACUUCGAUCUCGUUUUCUCUGACCCUGUUACUGGUCAAGAGUAUAAGGAUGGGACUCAUCAAAUUCCUAGCAAUUCGAGUGUGAUAAUUAAAAGGGUUCCUGCCGGAUCAGUUCCUGCAGCUCCGCCAGAUGAUCUAAUUGUAAAUUUGGGGAUGAAGAAAUCAAAUCUUCUUUGUAAAAAGAGUGGAGAUAUAGAUGUCUUUGAUGAUUUUGGUAUUGAUUCGUGUGUGGUUCAGGAUGAAAUCCUUCCACACUCUAAUAUAGCAUCUGUAAGGAAGAAUAUCUGUGACAACAAAAAGGAAAAUAUCUCAGGAUUAAGGUCAGGGUGCCAAAAGCGUCAAGCAGGUGACUUUGUUAAAGCUAUUCCCAAAGGUUUUGAUCAGGAAUACACCAAAGGAAAAUUUCCACCAGAAAAGCUGGAAUCAAGAAUUCAAGAGCAUGUGAAGCUGGAUAAAAGACCCGUUGACCUCUACGAUCUAGCUGAGAAAAAUUCUUCCUUGCCACCAGAACUCAGAUGCUCCAUCUGCAACAAAAUUCUAAGGGAGGCUGUGAUGAUACCAUGCUGCCAACACAGCUUUUGUGAAAGAUGUAUUCGUGGAGUUCUCGGUGAGAAGGCAAAGUGCCCUCGGUGUUUUUCACACAAAUUUACAGAAGUGGAUUUGCUUCCAAAUUUAUCUCUUAGGCAAGCAAUCGAGCAUUUCCUUGAAUCUCAAAAUCAGUUCUCUAUUUCAGAGAAUGCAUUGCAGAGAUUUGCCCCAGAUGAAGAAUCUGGAGUCCAGGCUAAAGAUCUCUCUAGUGAUGUGACUAUAGUUCAUAAGAGACCAAAGAAACUUGGCAGAGAAGGUGAUGGAUAUGCUCAGCAUGCAUGUUCCCUAAGUGAGACGGGAAACCUUGCUGAUUUCCAAGGAGAGAAUGAUCCUGUUUACUUGCCUCAGAUUCAUAUGCAAGAGAGAGGUGAAGGUGGAAGAGUUUCAGGUACUGCUCGAUACAGAAAGGCGGACCGUACGUGUUACAUGUGCAAUGCUCCAGACCAUUUUAUAAGAGACUGCCCCUUUGCUAAUGGUUCACAUCAUAUGCCGCAGACAGGUAACUCUGUGUAUGAAGUAGGGGGUAUGGCAACUAACGUGACACCAUACUGGAAUAACACUGCAUUUGGUCCUUUGAUGCCUUACCCUACUAUGUAUGGAAAUACUGGAUUGAUGCCCUUCAGUGCAUCUUUGUAUCCUGUCUCACCUAUUGAAGUUUAUCCGUACAUGCCAUAUAUGUAUGGUCACGUACCUGCGUUUGGCGGCAAUCCUAGGAUGGCUAGCGUGGCACCCCUUGCAGGGAACACAUCAGCAAACCCAUUUACACAUGCUGAGAGAUCAAAUUCGGAAGUGGAAUAUAAGUCCAAUAACUCUAAAAGAUAUGAUGGUGAAAGGCAUAGUCACAAUCAUUAUAAUGUUACCAAAAAUCGCCAUGAGAGAAGGGGCCAUUAUGGCAGCGAUUCUAGUUGCAGUAAUCAUGGAGAGACUGAUAAAAAUAUGCUUUUCUCUGAUGACAAAAAUUUCAUUGAGAAAUAUUGCAGCCAGUUUGGACCAAGAGUUGAACCAAGUUCUUCUAGGGAUGAGAAAAGGUGGUGCAGAGGGGGAGACCACAGACGAGGUUCCAGUCAUCAUAGAGAUGGCGUUAAAUACAUUCGAAAUGAAUAAUUAUGCAAGUCAGAGAAGGUCAGGCGGGAUGAUGACUGCAGAGAGGAUUACUAUCAGCCAAAAAGGAAAAGAGUUUACUAGAAGAAGAAGUAAUAAAUGCAUGGCUUGGAGGUAAACAUGUAAAUGAAGUAAGAUAAUUGUCACAGGUCAUGCUGUACCUGUUCACUACAGUCAGGUAUCUUGUACCCGUUUGGGUACACUUACAAUAUCUUAGUUAUAAUCCUUUAUAAAUAUAGUAAACAGGACGAUACAACUAAAAAGAUGAAUAUAAACAGACUUGCUAGGAUCUAAUUUGCAACCUUUUGUUGGCUUUGUUGAUACAGAUAUUUAGAGUCGUGGAUCUUUGGACACUAGGCUCAGAAUUAACUUUUGUUAAUUUGUGACAACUAACCCUUUUUUACAUAUUUUACUUGAGCUGGUGAAGCCAAGUAAAAACGUUUCUGCCUGAACUGUGGUUAUAUAAAGGCAGGAAUUUGAUGUU